CCCUCCGCUUUCCAAGCCACGCCCCCCAUUCCAUUCCGCUCGCCUUCUCCCCCCAGGCGAAAGGCAGAAAAAUUCCGUCACUUUUCCGAUCAAGACCACUCUCGGAUUCUUUGAAUCUAGCCGUAAAAAUAUCAGACCUCGGUCCCGAACGAAAGAUCUCCCAUCUUCUCUUUUCUCGGGUUUCUUCGGCGGACCGCAUUGCUUGUGUUGCCGGAGGGCGUCCGUUUUAUUAUGCGAAGCGGCGUCGGCUGUGAGGAGACCGGUAGCAGUUCCUUGAGCUGCCUGGGUCCCCGGAAGAUCGACGGAGAGUUCCCCGAUGACGACGAGGACGAAGGAGGAGGGAGGGACGCGGUGGGGUGCGUGCGCAGCUAUACGUACCGCAGGUUGCCUCGGCAUUUGCUCGAGCUCUCCAUUCUCAAGCUCGACGGCUCCGUCUUCGAUGUUCACGUCGAGAGAAAUGCCACAGUUGCAGCACUGAAACAAGCAAUAGAAGAUGUUUUCAGUUCAUCCCCUAUGGAUGGUAACCUGGGCAAGAUUUCAUGGUCCCAUGUGUGGGGGCACUUCUGCUUGUCUUUCGAUGGCGAGAAACUACUCAACGACAGGGCGUACUUGAAAAGUUUCAAAAUUAACGAUGGUGAUCAGCUAUGCUUUGUUCGUCACCUGUCCAUUGAUUAUUCACCAGUGGAAAGACAGCCCAAGAACCCCAAUGUCAGUUGGAGGCAGCACCAAAUGAAAGAAUGAAGUGCCUCCAGAUAUCAUGGUAUGGAUUGUUGAAUUAAAGGAUGAAAUCAACAAUACAUGUCGCCAUGGCUAUACUGAUUUUUUGGCAGCCCUUACGGAAUGGUUGAGAGUAUGUUGCUCUACUCAGUAUUUGACAAAAAGGACUGAAAUGAGUGAGUUUGCGCGCUAAGUUGACUUGAGAUUAGGUCCAGUCGUAUGGUCAACUGUAAGAAGACAAUAAAAGUAAGAAGCCAAGACAACUGUCACAUAGGUAUGCUGAGCAAUAAAAAAACAGAAGGUCAACAAGAAAGUCCCGGAAUCGUUUCAUCUAGCCUGCCUAGAUCGCCAAAUGAAAGUUGAAGAGAGAAAACAUUACCUCGCACAGUAGGAGCCUUGACUUAGUUAUAUCUAUUUUUUGGGUAAAAAUUGGUAGUCUCCAUUAGUUGGGUAGAUAUAACUUCUUUUACCUGUUUCUACUUGGCACUGUCUUUUCUUUUGAUCAAGCAAAUAUA